AUGGAUGUUUUACCGAGUUACGACGAAGAUUUGCAUCAAGAAGUUAGCAACAUGGCGCACGAGCACACCGCGCCGCCUAUGGACAUAGCGCUCUUGCUUCAGGAAAUUCGGUCCGGGAAUCAAGCCCUGAGUGACAAACUGGACAAACACACGACAGAGAUCAACCAGUCUAUCUCGGGGCUAAAGACAGCACUCGAUGGUUUAAAGUCCCGUGUUAACGAAACGGAGGACCGCAUAGGAGCAGUGGAGGAUGAGCUGAGUGACGUGAGCGCCCAGGUGGCCAAACUUAUAAAAGACAAGACAUUCUUAAUGGAUAAAGUUGACUCACUCGAGAACUACAGCAGGCGCAACAACAUUCGUGGCCUGUGGCUUUUUUUACCAACUGGCUCCCAAUCAUACUCGGACGUGAGGAGUUCGCGGGACCGCUCAUGA